GUGGGGGAGCUGGGGGAGAGAAUGAGGCUGUGAGUGGCUGGACUUGUUGUUGCUGCAGGAGAGGGACCCGCAUUCUUCAGCAUCAAAAGUUGCAGGGUUCUCUUCUCUGGCCUUUCUGAAACAUGGUGCAGCAAAGUAAGGCUGCGGACACUCCGAGCGGCGCGUCCAGGGAAGCGGCAGACAGCGGCAUCAGUGACAUGAGUGCAGCUUCCAGCCCGAAUCCCGGCUUCUCCCCGGCUCCUUCUGCCGAAUCUCUCUGGGCCAGCGGCUCUGCCAAAGGAGAGGAGGAGGCGAGCUGCAACCCCGACUGGUGCAAAACCCCGAGCGGGCACAUCAAGAGGCCCAUGAACGCCUUCAUGGUGUGGUCCCAGAUCGAGAGGAAAAAGAUCAUGGAGCAAGUGCCGGACAUGCACAACGCCGAGAUCUCCAAGCGCCUGGGCAAGAAGUGGAAAAUGCUGAAGGAGACCGAGAAGAGCCCGUUCAUCCGAGAGGCAGAGCGCCUGAGGCUCAAGCAUAUGGCGGAUUACCCCGAUUACAAAUACAGACCCAGGAAGAAGGUGAGGGCUGAGGCUGGAGCAGGAGUGGACGACAAGAGCUGCCGGAAGGAGACCAAGUCCUUCAAGAAACACAGCCGCCCCCAGAAGGGCAAGCUGCACCCGUCUCAGCCCCCCUUCCUGCAGCCACCCUCCCCAUCUCAGACCUACUCCUCCUUUAAUAAAACCCAACUGUUUUUCCAAGAUCUUCGUUUUCUUUUCUUUAAUCUAUUUGGUUCAGCGUCUGAAAUCUCUUUCAGGUACCACAAGAUGUACCAAAGAAGCUACACAAAUGCAGCUUAUUGUUGUCUUUAG